AUGGUUGCCGCACCCCUACCGCUCCCGUCGCCGCGGCGAGUGUCCUAUGUCCUCCCCCUGCCCUCGGCUCCCCCACCCGUCCUCGCCCUCCCUCCCCUCACCGUCUCGCGCCGCGGCCAGUCCGCCCCGCUCUACGUCGACACCGGCCGUCAGGCCGAGGACGGCCGGCACAAGUACGUCCACGAGAGCGAGUCGCACCCUCGUCACCGCCUCGCCGUCCAGGCGCUCGCCCUCGACCUCUCGACCUCGCUCGACCACGGCGGUCCGCCCGGCGGCAUCCUGUACACGGGCGGGCGCGACGGCCUCCUGUGCUCGUGGGAGCUCGGCCUCCCGACCAAGCGGCGCAAGCGCGCCUACGGCCGGGCGAGUGCCGAGGACGGCGAUGACGAUGACGACGACGCGCUCGACUCGGACGACGACGACGGCGCCCUGCUCGUCCAGCACAAGCCUCGAACGAUGUCGACCUCGUCGGCGGCGACGACCAAGCAGGCGACGCCGGGCUCGCACCUGCCCGUCCAGGACCGGUGGGAGGUCGACGCCGACGCGGUCCAGCAGCAGAGCGCGCCGCCCAAGGCCAAGUUCCGCCAGUGCAUCCAGUCGCACACCGACUGGGUCAACGACAUCGUCCUCGCCAACUACAACCGCACGCUCGUCUCGGUCUCGUCCGACUCGCUCGUCCUCGCGUGGAGCCCGCACUCGGACGACCACCACGCCCAGGUGACGCCGACGCCGAUCGGCCGACACGCCGACUACGUGCGGUGCCUCGCCACCGGGCGUGACUCGAACUGGGUCGCGAGCGCCGGGUUCGACCGCAAGAUCAAGCUGUGGGACGUCGGCGAGGGACGUGCAGGUGCUGCUCUGCGUGCGUCCUCUCUCUCCCUCCCUCCUCUCUUUUGCCUUCCUCCCUCUCUCUCGAAGCACGUCCUGACUCCGCCCGGGUCCGUCUACUCGCUCGGCACGACGCCGUCCGGCUCGCUCAUCGCCGCCGGCACGCCCGAGCGCGUCGUCCGCGUGUGGGACCCGCGCAGCCGCAAGCAGGUGUCGCGGCUCGGCGGCCACAGCGACAACAUCCGCGCCGUGCAGCUCUCGGACGACGGCAAAUGGCUCCUCUCGGCGUCGUCCGACUCGACCGUCAAGCUCUGGUCGCUCGCCGCGCAAAAGUGCCUGCACACGUUCUCGCACCACGCCGACUCGGUCUGGUCGCUCUUCUCGCAGCACCCGUCGCUCGAGGUCUUCUACUCCGGCGACCGGUCGGGCAACCUGUGCAAGAUCGACUUCGAGGGCGCCGGCGAGCCGGCCGAGGGCGAGUGCGUCCUCCUGUCGCGAGACGGGCCCGAGGACCCGAGCGACCGCCACGGGCACGAGGGCAUCACGCAGAUGGUCGCGCAGGACGACAGCUGGGUCUGGACGGCGUCGGGCGGGAGCAGCGUCAAGCGGUGGCGGGACGUCCCGCUCAAGUCGCGGCGCGCCGGCGCCAUCUUGCGCCGCGCCGAGGAGAACGGCGACCUCGCCGUGCCCGAGGACCGGGCGACCGACUCGCCUGUCGCGCUCGACGACCGCACGAGCUCGUCGCCCAUCUCGAUCACGCCGUCGAGCCCGGAGCGCGACCGCCCGGGCCCGCACAGCUCCCUCAUCUCGUCGCCGCGCCCGCCGCUCGAGCACCUCCUCUCGACCAACCCGACGACCUUCCGCGACAUCCCGUACGACUCGCUCGUGCCCCUCACCCUCCCCGAGGACACGUACUUCGCGCCCGCCUUCGCGAGUCGGCAUCGCGACCCGGACGCGGCGACCAUCUACUCGACCGUGUCGGGCAUGUCGGGCUCGGGCGUCGCCCUCUCGCGCCCGCAGCUCGUCGGCGGGUCGUCGUCGUCGUACCGCCGUCCCGUCAGCCUCGCCGACACGGCGCCCGAAGCGACCAACAUCGCGCAGCGCGAGUACCUCGAGCGCGAGUCGGCCGCCGAGGCGACGCCGCUCCGCUCGGCGCCGGACGACGUCAUCGAGGGCGGGUACGGCCUCGUGCGGUGCGAGCUGCUCAACGACCGGCAGCACGCCCUCACGCAGGACACCGAGGACGAGGUCGCCCUGUGGGACAUCGUCCGGGGCACGUGCAUCGGCGUCUUCAGCCGCGACGAGCUGCAGGACGCCGUCGCGAAGCGUCGGCCGUCCGACGCCGGCUCGGCGUACGCUGCCCAUGGGCGAGUCGAGCGCGGGUACGACCUGCUCGAGUACGUGCGCGAGCGCACCGAGGGCGAGGUGUCGAUCGCGACCUGGUGCAAGUGCGACACGCGCACGGGCGCGCUCGCCGUCCACCUCGAGGAGGCGCGCGUGUUCGACGCCGAGUCGUACAUCGAGGAGUGCGGCGUCGGCCCGCCCGAGGACUACCCGCCCGACCACCGCAUCUCGCUCGGCAAGUGGGUCCUGCGGCAGCUCUUCGACGGCUUCAUCGAGGCCGAGAUGGCGGCUCGCGUCCCCAACACGAUCCCGCCGCCGAGCGCGCUGUUCGGCACCGAGCAGCGAGAGGGCGCGCCCGCCUUCAUCUCGCUCGCCGGCCUCCCGACGCCGUCCUCGGCCGCACCUCUUCGCGCCAAAGGUCCGCGCACGCCGGGCAUGACGAUCGCUCUCGCCACGCCGGCGCUCAAGAAGGCCGUCCUGCCCGACCUCCCGACCGCCGCCGGCGCCUCGCCGAGGUUCGGCAAUACCGAGCUCGCGCCCAUCCCGCAGUCGCCCCUCGCCCAGACGCCCAUGGCCGCCCUCGCGACGCCGUCCGGCGGCAGGACGCCGACGCUCGACCGCCCCGAGGGCGACUACUUUUCGCUGCGGCCUGCCCAACCCGAGCCGCUCAGCCCGCUCAACCUCCCGCUCGCAACGCCGAGCAGCACGAUCCGCUCCAACGAGCCGCCGACGCCCACCGCGACGAGUCCUGCGCUCCCGGCACAAGGUGGCACCAUCAUGGGACGACUACGCGCGUUCGGCAAGAACUCGAAGAAGGCGUCGACCGCGCCCGAGUCGCAGCCGCUCGCGACGCCGGUCGCGCAAGCUCUUCCCGCCGACGUGCGUCCCCUCUCUCUCUCCCCCCUCUCCUCGCCUCUCCUAUGCCACGCCAUCCUCGACACGGUCUUUGCGCACCCGCUCGCGCCGUGCCCGCUCGUCGACGCGCCCCGCAUCAACUACGACCCGGACAUGGCCAUUAUCCUGUCGGAGGAGACGGGCGACGCGUGGAGCGUCAAGUACCGCGGCCUCGUCGGGACGAGCUACGAGGACAUGUCGGUCCUAGAGCAGAAGGCGCCGUUCUGGCUCCUCGACUUCCUCCUCGGCAACCGCACGCACGUCAAGGACGCGCUCAAGGUGUCGUUCGUGCUCCAGCCGUGGAAGGGCGACGAUCAUCACGCUCUUCCCGAGCUCCCGAACCAGUGCGUUUCUCUGAACGCCCGCCUCACCGCCAACCGGUCUCUCCGCAUCCGCAAAGUGUGCGCCUACGUCGCCGACAAGCUCGACCUGCGCCGGCCGUCUCGCGCUCCCUCGAUCGUCGACGGCGGCGACCUGUCGGCGCCGCCAACAGCGCACGCUUCGCCCGCCGUCGGGAGCACGCUGUACGGCGACGUGUUCGUCCCCGAGCGCGACAUCGAGAUCCUGUGCAACGGCGAGGUGCUGCCGGUGCACAUGACGCUCGCGACAGUGCGGCACUGCAUGUGGAAGAGCGGCGGCGACGUCGUCUUCCACUACCGCUCGAAGCAGGCUCUAGAGCUGUAG